GUUGUACUUCUUGUAAGAAGAAAUGGAGGUUAUUUUUUAGUGGAAUUCAACCCCAAAAGUUUGAACCCAAAAGCCAGGCCCUUCUCUUCAUGCAGCAGUAGGAAAAGCAAUGGAUCUCUACUUGGUCUUGCAUGGAGAAUUCACACUGUGAAUAUUGACAUUUGUCUAUCCAUGGUGAACACUGUCAGAUCUGGAUUUAUGGAAGAUGGAUAAGAGAUAUGGAUAUGGUGGAUGGGUACAGCUGGAUCAUCACUGCAAGGGACAGGCAAAGAUGAUGAAGGAUGGAAAGGUUUUUAGAGUCAUUCAAGAGAACUGCUGGGAUCCAGAAGUACGGAUUAAAGAGAUGGACCUGUCAGGAGUCACCGUCCAAGUCCUGUCCACAGUCCCUGUAAUGUUCAGCUACUGGGCCAAACCUCAGGAUACUUUAGAUCUUGCCCAGUUGUUAAACAAUGACUUAGCUGCUACAGUAAAGAAGUACUCCAAGAGGUUUAUUGGGCUGGGCACGUUACCUCUGCAAGCUCCAGAGCUGGCUGUGAGGGAAAUGCAGCGCUGUGUGAAUGAACUUGGGUUUCCUGGAGUGCAGAUUGGAUCUCAUGUCAAUGAGUGGGACCUGAAUGCCCCAGAGCUCUAUGAUGUUUAUGCUGCUGCUGAGAAAUUAAAUUGCUGUCUCUUUGUGCAUCCCUGGGACAUGCAGAUAGAUGGGAGGAUGUCCAAAUAUUGGUUUCCCUGGCUAAUAGGCAUGCCAACAGAAACAACCAUGGCCAUUUGCUCCAUGAUUAUGGGAGGAAUUUUUGAAAAAUUCCCUAAGCUGAAAGUUUGCUUUGCACACGGAGGUGGAACUUUUCCAUACACAGUGGGUCGAAUCUCCCAUGGCUUCAAUGUGCGCCCUGAUUUAUGUGCCGUGGAUAAUAAGGUGGAUCCAAGAAGAUACCUUGGCUCAUUUUACACAGACUCUCUUGUCCACGACCACGGGGCACUAAGGCUGCUAACAAGUGUAGUAGGAGAGGACAAAGUUAUUUUGGGGACAGAUUACCCUUUUCCACUUGGGGAACUGGAACCUGGAAAAUUGAUUGAUUCAAUGGAUGAUUAUGACUAUCAACUGAAGGAUAAACUCAAGGCUGGAAAUGCUCUGGAAUUUUUGGGUCUUAGCAGAAAGCAAUUUGAAUAAUUAUGAAGUACUAAAACAGCUAAAUUUCAGAAAUAAUAUCCUUGUAUUUCUGUUGGCAUGUGCAAUUGUGCAGAUGAAAAAUAAAACUGACAAUUAUCU